CACGUCAGCCCGCCCCUGUCCCCCACUGGCUCCUGAUAGGCUGCCCGGGCUGUCCGUCUCGACAAAGACCUGCGCGCAGGCUCAGAAAGGCGGGGAGCUCGCUGGGCGUCGCGGACUCGGAGCUGCUGGAUCGGUCCGAGAUGGCAGAGGUGGAGGAAACACUCAAGAGACUUCAGAGCCAGAAAGGAGUUCAGGGAAUCAUCGUGGUGAACACGGAAGGCAUUCCCAUCAAGAGCACCAUGGACAAUCCCACUACUACACAAUAUGCCAACCUCAUGCACAAUUUCAUCUUGAAGGCACGGAGCACUGUGCGUGAAAUUGACCCCCAGAAUGAUCUAACCUUCCUUCGAAUCCGAUCCAAGAAAAAUGAAAUUAUGGUUGCACCAGAUAAAGACUAUUUCCUGAUUGUGAUUCAGAAUCCAACUGAAUAACCGAACAAGCCACUGUCUCGGCUUCCUGUGUCAUUCCUUAAUUUAACGUCCCCCAGAAUAAUAGUGGUAAUCAUGUCAGUGGGCACAGGGUGGUUGCCCAAGAGCCCAUACAGACCAUGCCAUUGAUCAAUGGUAGCCCUGCCCACCCCAACAAGGAGUGUCUCUGGCGAUCCAGUCAGUUCUCAUUUCCAGGCUUUGGAGGAAGAGCUUAUGAUAAGCCCCCACACAGCUUCCUUCUGACCUUCAGUUAACUUUGUCACCCUUGGAAAGCCUGUUUUGUUUUGUUUUUUUCUUUAACUAAAAAUAACGUCGAAAUCUG